CAUACACAGGAAAAACCAUAUUCUUGUGAAAUUUGUAAAAAGACAUUUUCUGAGAGUGGAAAUUUAAAAGUUCAUUUGAGGACACAUACAAAGGAAAAACCAUAUUCUUGUGAAAUUUGCAAAAAGACAUUUGUUCAGAGUGGAAAUCUAAGGACCCAUUUCAGGACACAUACUAAAGAAAAGCCAUACUCUUGUGAAAUUUGUAAAAAGUCAUUUUCUGAGAGUGGAAAUUUAAAAGUUCAUUUGAGGACACAUACAAAGGAAAAACCAUAUUCUUGUGAAAUUUGUAAAAAGUCAUUUUUUCGAAGUGGACAUUUCAAAAUCCAUUUGAGGACACACACAAAAGAAAAACCGUAUUCUUGUGAAGUUUGUGCAAAGUCAUUUUCUCAGAGUGGAGAUUUGAAAAUCCAUUUGAGAAUACAUACAAAAGAAAGACCAUAUACUUGUGAAAUUUGUAAAAAG